AUGGCCGACCACAAGGAUCCGAAGCAAGUCGUUGAUUCGGAAGUCUAUGCAAUCGACAGCGAGGCCAGCCAGACCUCUAGAGAAAACGUCGUCGUCAAGCCUACUAAAUCUUGGAAAGGAUAUGUCUGGGAUACUUGGGAAUUACCUCCAGACCAGCGAUGGCUUCUCUUCAAGGUUGAUGCUUUCGUACUUACUUUUGCAUCGCUUGGAUACUUUCUCAAGAAUAUUGAUCAGACCAAUGUCAACAAUGCUUUUCUCAGUGGCAUGAAGGAGGACUUGAACAUGUACGGGAAUGAGCUUGUCACUAGUACAUCUAUCUGGACUGUUGGAUAUGUCAUCGGACAAAUUCCGAGUAAUUUGUUACUGACCAGAGUGAGCCCUCGCUGGGUGAUACCAUCUCUUGAAGUCGGGUGGGGUAUCGCAACCAUCUGCACCUCUCGAGUAGAGUCUUACAAAGCUCUGUACGCUCUGAGAUUUCUCGUUGGCUUUUUCGAAUCAGGCUUCUACCCGGGUAUCCACUACAUGCUCGGCUCGUGGUACACUCCAAGAGAAAUCGGCAAACGCGCCAUGAUCUUCUGGUUGGCUGGUUCGGUCGGCAAUAUGUUCAGUGGUUUCCUCCAAGCUGCUGCAUACCAGAAUCUCAGUGGUGUUCAUGGCCAUGCGGGUUGGCGCUGGCUGUUCAUCAUCGACGGCAUCAUCACCAUCCCGCUUGCGUUGAUGGGCUACAUCUUCUUCCCAAACCUACCCCAGGAUGGAAAGAAGACAUGGUGGACGACCGAGAAAGAACACGUUCUUGCUUCCGAAAGAAUGAAGGCUAUCGGACGAGCAGGAAAACAACCGUGGACCAAGGCGAAGGCGAAGUCAAUCUUGCUCAGCUGGCACACCUAUCUGCUCCCUCUUCUGUAUAUCGUUUGGAACAAUGGCGCUCCUCAGGCAGGUAUGGGAUAUUGGUUGAAGAGCUUCAAUGCCAAGCCAGCGCCAGUACCAGGAAAAUCGUACACUGUGCCUCAGAUCAACAACUUACCCCUUCCGAAUACUGCCAUCUUCAUCGUGGUGGCGCUAUCCUGGGGUUGGCUGUCGGACGGCCCAUUGAAGGGCGCUCGCUGGCCAUUCAUAUACGCAGGAGCGGUCAUAACUAUGGUCUUCCAUAUAGCACUUCUCAAGAUGCCACUGUACGACAACAUCACCAGUCGCAUGAUAGUAUACUGGUUCGCAAAUAUCGGAAUGGGUGCCGGUCCGCUAAUUCUGAGCUGGAUCAACGAAAUCUGCUCCGCCGACACGGAAAAGCGAGCACUUCUCGUCGCAAUGGCAAACGAUCUAGCCUACGUCGUCCAGGCUGUUGCGCCAAACUUUGUCUGGAAGACGACAGAGUUUCCAGCUGCCCAGAAGGGAUAUACAUGGGUCGCUGUACUGCAGGGUCUGCUGAUUGUUGUUACCGCGACCAUACAACUGUUACUCUGGAGAGACAGAAAACGAGUCGAGAAAACAUCAGAGACUGAGGAUUUGACAGCAUUCAAUGGUCAGGAGCCUGCUGGAGAGGUAUGA